AACAAGCGAGGAGGGAAAGUAAAACUACCCUCCAUAUUGAUGCCACCUUCAGAGUUCGAGCAUGAAGAGAAAGGAGAGGCACUUUACGCUAUGGAAUUGGCACUGUCUCUGGAGAAGCUAACAAAUGAAAAACUGUUAAACCUGCACAGUGUUGCAGAUCGGAACAAUGAACCCCAGAUGGCAGAUUUCAUUGAGAGUGAGUUCUUAACUGAGCAAGGGAGUAUAGAAGCUUUGAUUUUCUUCCUAUUGGAUUCAUUAGUUGCUUGAAUAAUUGUUAGGUAGAUUUAAUUACAAUUUCUUAAGUGUGCCUUGCUACUUAAGCAUUAGAACAACAUCCACAAUCUAUUCUGUCCAUGGGGCAACAACAGAGAGUUAACAAACAAAUUCUAUAUUAAAUAUGAUAGUCACGAAUUGUUUGGAGUGUGAUUGAUGCAUUUUGCAACACAGGUUGAAGCCAUUAAGAAGAUAUCAGACUAUGUUAGUCAACUGAGGUUCGUCGGAAAAGGCCACGGUAAAUAUUAUGCCAACUCCCUCCAAAUUUACAAUCUUACAGCAAUCCUUUUAUCUGCUUGUGAUAUUUGUAAUCAUUCUUUGCUUAAAAGCUUCCUUUCUGAUGGCCUUGCACGAGUCAGUCUGGCACUUCGAUCAGAUGCUUCUUCACGGGGGAGCUGCUGCUUGAUGAAUAAAUCGAUUCUUGUUCAUUAUGAUGUAAAACUGUUCCUUGUGCUGGAAUUAGGGGGUAUUUCUGUUUUCAAGAUUUGGGUUACUGGAGGCUAAUAAUAAGUUGAUAUUGUCAGAUAGAUGUGUGGUAUAUUGGUCCAGUGAUUGGUGAAAAUCUUGGGCUAGUGUAGUAACAGAUGGCGGUGUAGGGAUAUGGAUAGUACUGAAAAGCUGUGAUCGAUUAGGUACAUGACUUUCAAGUUAAAAGUUUACAAUCAAUCAAAUUCACCAUGUUGCUUAUUGAAUCAGAGCAUAAACUUUGAUCUGGAUGAUUGAUCUUGAAUUAUUGCCGCUCCCAACCUGUUGCCUCUGAA